UAAAACACCAGCGUUAAGGUGGAGUACCCCCUCCCCCCCACUCCCCCUGCGCGGAUGGCUGACCGCGGCUGCAGAAGGAGGAGAUCCGACUUUGGACCCUCAAAGUCGGUCUGAAACUUUUUCCAUCACGAUGCUCCGUUUGAGACAUUUUUGAGGGAUGGCGGGAAUCCUGAGCGCCGCGCGCUCACGGGCUGCAGGGACGGGGCUGAAGGUUACCGCAGUCCGGCAGAUUCACAGCUCACACGAUGUGGCCGUGGUCGGCGGCGGCAUCGUGGGAUUGGCCACAGCCAGAGAACUGAUUUUGCGACAUCCGGCUCUGAGCUUCGUCCUGCUGGAGAAAGAGAAGGAGCUCGCUCUUCAUCAAAGCGGCCACAACAGCGGCGUCGUCCACAGCGGGAUCUACUACACGCCGGGCUCGCUGAAGGCGCGGCUGUGCGUGCGCGGCGCCACCUUAGCCUACGACUUCUGCGACAAGAAAGGAAUCCCGUACAAGAAAUGUGGAAAGCUCAUCGUGGCCGUGGAGCAGGAGGAGGUUCCCAGGAUGAGGGCGCUGUACGAGCGCGGCUUGCAGAACAACGUGCGCGACCUCCGCAUCAUCGACGCCAAAGGGAUCCGGGAGCGGGAGCCGUACUGCCGGGGAAUCGCCGCCUUGGAUUCGCCGCACACCGGCAUCGUAGACUGGAGGAAGGUGGCGCUCAGGUUCGGGAAAGACUUUGAGGAGGCGGGCGGCGCCGUGCUGACGGAGUUUGAAGUCAACAACAUUUCCGUGGCGAGCGAGAGUCCUGCUGGGAGCUCCGAAGGAAUGAAGCAUCCCAUCGCAGUCAGAGAUGCACAGGGAAGCGAGGUGCGCUGUCGGUACGUCCUGACCUGCGGCGGCCUGCACUCGGACCGACUGUCGCAGAUCUCCGGAUGCAGCCGCGAGCCGAGAAUCGUCCCCUUCAGGGGAGACUACCUGGUGCUGAAGCCAGAGAAACGCUACCUGGUGAAAGGAAACAUCUACCCCAUUCCUGAUCCCCGUUUCCCGUUCCUCGGCGUCCACUUCACCCCCAGGAUGGACGGGAGCGUUUGGCUCGGCCCCAACGCCGUCCUGGCCUUCAAGCGGGAGGGUUAUAACGUCUACGACUUCAGCGCCCAGGACUUUGCAGACGCUCUUUCCUUCAGAGGCCUUCAGAAGCUGGUGCUGAAGAACGUGGCCUACGGCCUUGGAGAAAUGUACCGCGGCGUCUUCACGGGUGCACAGGUGAAGAUUCUGCAGAAGUACAUCCCCGAGCUGCAGCAGAGCGACGUCCUCAGGGGCCCCGCGGGGGUUCGCGCUCAGGCCCUGGACCGCCAUGGAAACCUUGUGGAUGACUUUGUGUUCGACGGCGGCGUUGGAGAAGUCGGCAGUCGGGUGCUGCAUGUUCGGAACGCUCCCUCGCCGGCGGCCACCUCGUCCCUCGCCAUCGCAGAGAUGAUUGCAGACGAAGCGGAGAGUCGGUUCUCGCUGUAGGGAAACGGGCCGCUCUUCAGGAAUGUUGCAUUUACCGGACUAGUGACUUUUUAAGGACUUUUUCUCCCUCAGUGGUGCUUUUUAGAAUAAAAAAUAGAUCCAUGAGUUCACCGUCAUGUGGGAAAGUGAAACAAAAUGAUCGAAUCUGGACGUCUGAUUCUCUUUUUGACUUUAACGCAGAGCAGUUUGUGCUCAGAUCCUGUGAAAAGUGGAGAAGCGGAUGAGUUGAAUGCAGAGAUGUUCUGCAUGUCCUCUAGAGUCUGUAAGGUCCUUAACAGAACCAGAGCUGAGAGGAACGGCCUCAACUAAACUAAAGCUAAAGAAUGUUAGUUUGAUUUGUUUAUGUUAGAAGCUUCAUGAACAACUUUACCUGCUGGGGAUGUCUUUUUCAUUUUUUGAAUAACUAUUUUUGAAAAGUAAAUGAUUGCAUAUCUCAGGUUUUACGACUUCUUUUAGGUGACAUUUUUCGAAUAAAACAACUUCUUGUGCCUGA